UGUAUGUACAGAACCAUGCGGUGGAUGCUUUUGUGAUAGAAAUUUUACAAAAAACAAAUAUAACCAAUGUAACAAAUACGAAGAAUGUUCUCCAUUAAAAAGAAAUGAUUUGCUUGUAACGGAACUUCCAAUGCCAUAUCAAUUAUCAUGUGGUGUCCACCAGGUGUACAGCUCUUGCAGGAGAUGUGAUAACACUUGCUCAGACCCGAACCCACCAUGUAAUAGCAGCUGUAUCGCCGGUUGCUUCUGUGACGAGGGCUAUUUGAAAGCACCAGAUGGUCGAUGCAUCUUGCUAAAGGAUUGUCCUCAAGCUGAAAUAACAAUGGGCAGCAAUGAGCCAUCCAUAGACGAAUGCCUGCCCGAUGAAGUGUUCGUUUGGUGUGGCUGGUGUGAGGGGAGCUGUUCAGAGCCUGAACCGCAAUGCUCAGAGACUACUUGUACACAAGGGUGUCUGUGUCGGCCUCCGCUAUUACGUCAUCACACUGGCCUGUGUGUUGAACAAAAGGAUUGUCUUCCUCAAAAAUGUCCCGAUUCGAACGAGGAGUACACCUGUCAUUACGGUUGUGAAGCGAAGUGUAGCGCGCACUCAUGCACGCGCCCUCGCGGCUGUCAGCUCGGUUGCCACUGUAAGCGCGGCUUGCUUAGAAAUGAAAAAGGCAAAUGCGUACCAGCCAAUGAAUGCUCGGAACAAAAUAAAUAA